UUUACUCUGCUGGUGGGAGUUUGAUCCUUCUAUAUCCAUAAAAAUGAAUGUCUCCCAUAUUUAUAUCUUGUUGCUGUUCUUCCCAAAACUGCCUGGAGCAUUUGGCUGGUCGCGGAUUGUUGGUGGUUAUUCAGUGUUACCUCAUUCCAUCAAAUACCAGGUUUCUCUGAGGAGACCAGGAGGAACCCAUUACUGUGGGGGGUCCCUGAUCCACCGGAGGUGGGUUUUGACUGCUGCACACUGCAAUUAUGGUGGUGCUGAAUCAAUACAAAUCGUAGCAGGGGACCACUCAUUAACUAGAUAUGAAGGUACUGAACAACUGUUUCGUCCAUCAAAGAUCAUACCCCAUCCUCAAUAUGACUCAAAGAGAAAAGAUUCAGACAUCAUGUUGAUUAAGCUUUCACGACCUGCAAAUCUGAACUAUUUUGUUGGGAUUGUACCUCUGCCUCGCCAAAAAUCAUCAUUAACUGCAGACACAUUAUGCCGAGUGUCUGGGUGGGGCUUUGUCAGCGCAAGUGGAAAGUUCAUUCCAAGGAUUUUGAGGGCAGUUCAAGUGCCCAUUGUAUCUAAUGCAAAGUGUAAUCACACAGACUCUUACAAUGGAAACAUCACCACAAACAUGAUCUGUGCUGGAUUCACAAUUGGAGGAAAAGAUUCGUGCCAGGGAGAUUCAGGUGGCCCGCUGAUUUGCAAGGGCAGAGUAUAUGGCAUAGUGUCUUGGGGCAAGCUGUGCGGCGAUGGAAGGUUUCCUGGGGUAUACACAGCUGUGGCAAGGUUUCGUAGCUGGAUUAUCAGGACCAUCAAACAAUCAUAAAGCUGUGUAUUAUUUCAUAUGUAGUUAAGAUUAUUCAUCUGUUAACUUCUUCAUAGUUUUAUUCCAUGUUAAAAUGUGCAGAAUGACUGAAUAUAUUUUAAGCAAAGAAGAGUAAGAAAAUUGGUUUGCAUGGAAUUUGUAGAAUCACAGUAUGGAGUGGCACAGGAGAAGGCCAUUUAACCAAUCAUUCCUAUACUGACAUCUUGAUAGAGGUUGCCAAUUCAUUCCACUCCCCUGUGGCAUUUAAAUGGGUUUUAUAACUUGAAGUUGCAUUCAAAGCACAUAUGGCAAACAUAAGUUAACACAGCAUUCUGAAUGUUUUCAUCAUCCUAUAAAGAUUUUACAUUUCAAUAACUUAGAACACACAGCACUUAUUGAAAUAAGAUGAAAGAUUGAGUUUUUAUAGAAUUCUCCUUAUGAAAUCAUGUCUAGAAUUCUUUAAUUCACCAUUAACUCCAAAGCUAGCUAAUUGGUUUUCAUUUUGCUGACAA